GCUUUCAAUAGUUAUUUAAUUGGUGGCUCGAAUAAUCGGGCAUAAUUUUCUCAACUUUGAGUGUGUUCACACUGGUGUGGUAAAUUGUUUUUAUAGAAAUUGACGUGUCAGAUAUAUGUUAGCUUAAAUAUAGCAUAACAUAUUGAACACGUCGUUUAGAUAAGCAGAAAGUGGAUGGAGUACUUGAAGAGUGGCAUCAAGACCGUGCUGGGCGGCACAGAGCCGGGCCAGCAGCCCAGCGCAGCCGAGACCGUUGAGAAGCUCGUCGAUCGAGUUUAUUCCUCAACACUGCUCGAGGAUCGCCGGGAUGCCUGCCGGGCAUUAAAAGCGCUCUCACGCAAAUAUCGGAUAGAAGUGGGCGCCCAGGGCAUGCCACCUCUAAUACAAGUGCUGCAAAACGAUGGCCAAGACGCUGAGAUAAUUGGCUACGCCCUCGACACGCUGUGCAACAUUGUGACCAGCGAGGAAUUCGACGAGGAAGCCGACAAUCCGGCGGUGUCCGUCAACGUGGGCGAACAGUUCACCGAGAUGUUCAUUAAGAGCCCGGAGCAUGUCACCCUGGUCAUGGGCUAUCUGGAUGAGUAUGAUUUUCGUGUUAGACGCGCGGCCAUACAACUAAUAACAUCUCUGAUUGCGAACAAGACGCGCGAACUGCAGGAUCUGGUGCUAGUUAGUCCGAUGGGCGUGUCCAAGCUAAUGGAUCUGCUCACAGACACUCGCGAGGUGAUCAGAAACGAUGUACUGCUGCUACUCAUUGAGCUGACCAAGGGCAAUUCCAAUAUACAAAAGAUUGUCGCAUUCGAGAACGCCUUCGAUCGUCUGUUUGAUAUUGUGCGCGAGGAGGGCUGCUCGGAUGGCGGCAUUGUUGUCGAGGAUUGUCUCAUUCUGCUGCUGAAUCUCCUUAAGAAUAACUCAAGCAAUCAGCAGUUCUUCAAGGAGGGCUCCUACAUACAACGUCUGGCCCCCAUGUUCAUCUUGAGCAGCACCAAUAGCAGCGACCUAGAUGAAAGCGGCUGGACUCCACAAAAGGUUUCCAAUUUUCAUUGCAUGCUGCAGGUGGUGCGUGCUCUGGUCACGCCCAGCAAUCAGCAGCAGGUGGUCAGCGCCUGUCAGCGUGUCAUGCAAAAGUCCCAGCUGCUGAAGGCGCUCUGCGACAUCCUAAUGGGCAGCGGUGUGCCCGCGGACAUCUUAACGGAGACCAUCAACGCCGUCGCUGAGGUGGUGCGUGGCGAUCGCGACAAUCAGGACGAGCUGGGCCGUUUGACGGCGCCCAGCCAGCCGCCACGUCCAGCAAUUGUGGUGCUCCUGAUGUCCAUGAUCAAUGAAAAGCAAAUACAAGCGCUGCGCUGUGCGGUGCUUUACUGUUUCCAGUGUUUCCUCUAUCGCAACGUGGACGGUCAGCGUGCAUUGGUGCAGACGCUGCUGCCUUUCAGUCCCACGGAUUUUAGUGUGCUGACCACGGGCCAGCUGCUCUGCACGGGUCUCUUUUCGACGGAUACGCUGGCCAAUUGGUUCUCGGCUGUGGCCAUGAUGCACGCGCUUGUCGAUAAUGUCGCCCAAAAGGAGGAGCUAUUGCGUGUCCUGCUAGCCACGCCAGGCGGACAGCGGCCCAUCACACUCCUAGAGCAAUGCACCAACCUCAUGCAGCAGGAGCGCUAUCGCUUGCAGAGCAAGGUGGGCCUGCUAAUGCUGCUCAGCGUUUGGCUGGCACAUUGUCCCAGCGCUGUUAAGGCCCUGCUCGAGACGCAGGGCACCAUGGCCUAUCUGACGGCCCAGCUGUGCGCCAAUGAGCAUGAUGAGCGCGAGUAUCUGGUGCAGGGCAUGUGCGCCUUUCUCAUGGGCCUCUGUAUACAGUUCAACGACAAUUCCCUGCCCAAUCAGCGGCGCGAGGACAUCAGUCAGCUGAUCAUCAAGCGCAUCGGCCAGGAGACAUUCUGCAACAAGCUGAGCGAAGUGUCGCGCCACGAGGCCUACAGUCGCGCCUGCAAGCAGGUCCAGAUACGCGCCAAGGGCGCCAGCGAACUGUUGCUGGACUACGAGUACUGCAAGCUGUACAAGGGUCUGGAGGCGUUGCUAGCGAAGCAAGUUAGCGGUUUCGAUGUGGAUGGCAUUGAGCUGACCGAGCUGACGCUCAGUUCGGAGGCGGCGGCCCUGGUCGCUCAAUAUAAGGGCAUUAUACGCGGCAUGGAUGCCCAGAUACAGACGCUGCAGCAGUCCAGCAAGGACCUGGAGCAGCAGAAUAGCAACUUGAAAGAGCAGCUCAGCCAGGAGCAGUCGCUCAAAUCACAGCUGGCCGAUCAGAAUACACUGCUCAAGGCACAGCUGGCGGCACAGUCACCAGCUUCAGAGCAGCCGGGACAAACGGCGGUGCCGGCAGUUGCUCAGCCCGCCCAGCCGGACAAGGAUGAGCUGCAUGCGGCACGCUAUCUAGCGAACAUGUACUUUGAGGAGAACAUACGGCUCACCAAGGAGCUGGAAACGCUGCGUCAGCAAUUGGCGGCAGAGAAACAGCGCGCCGAUGCGGCCAACGAGACGCUGCUGGCCACCCAAAAGGAUCAGGAGGAUUUGCUCGAGCUGCUGGCAGAUCAGGAGGCCAAACUGGCGCGCUAUGAGCCGCCGGCAACAACGGGCGAGGCACCGCCACCGCCUGAGCCGGCGCCUGCGCCUGCGUCCGCGCCCGCCGAAGACGACAGAUACUAUUCCUGUUCCGUCAAAAUAUGAACAUGGCGGAUAUGGAUUGUAUUAAGACGCAGCCAGCCAACUGCUCGAGAGGCUGUGCGGAAAGCUCGACUCAACGCCAACUGCCCCCUGCUCCUUAUACAUUCUGAUUGUUUUUACAUAUAUAUAUAUAUAAUUCAACAAUUUAUAUAGAUAUACCUACUGCAUAUAUGCAUAUAU